AUGUCGAGACAAUAUCUCGCGUGGGGCUCGGCGGACAAUGCGCACCCUGUCGAUAUCUUCUCGCUCGCGGUGACUCAGAAGCAGGUUCUCUCGGCAUCGGGCGCGCCAUCUCUCAAGGUGCAUUCUACGGUUGAUGCAGACUUUCCAUUGGUACAGUCCCUUGAUGGGGCUCAUGCCCUCGGCUGCCAUCACGUUGUCACUGAUGUUAGUGGCACACGGGCCGUUAGUGUGGGAUUCGCAGGAGACGUUAAGGUUUGGUCUUGUCAAGAUGACUACUGGUCCGCAGACGCGGCGGCUUCAGCGAAUUUAAACGAGCUUAAUGUGUGGGCAGUCGCUCUGUCUGAAGACGGACAGUAUCUUGCAGGGGUCUCCCAGGAUGGUCACAUUGGCGUCUGGGAUUUGAAUGCCGAUGGCGCGCAGAUACGAGACCAUGAGACCAAGGGCAGCUUCGGCACUUGUAUCGACCUGUCACCUGAUGGCCGCUUCAUUGCCAGCGGGCAUGAGAAUGGUGCUGUCUACAUCUUCACCACGGAACAUGCUCGGAUGCCCUUCUCCUUAUCAGGCUUGGUGAAACCCGUACGUGCUGUGGCUUUCUCACCUGGCGGGAAGAUUCUUGCAGCGGCAGGAGACUCGAAAGUGAUCGUGCUGUAUGAUACAUCCUCGGGCGAACAAAUUGCCAACCUCGCAGGCCACUCCGCGUGGGUUCUGUCUCUGUCCUGGAGCACUACGGGAGAGUAUCUUCUGAGCAGCUCCUUUGAUGGGAAAGUCAAGGUCUGGUCGAUCGACACCAAGACAUGUGUUGCUACCCACUCCGAGACUGAAAAGGCUGUUUGGAGUGUGAAAUGGCUUCCAAAAACUGCCAGGUCAGAGGCAUUUGCAACCGGUGGUGCAAAUCGCAGUGUUGCUUUCUAUCGCGAGGCUACCGGAGGUUAA